AUGAGCGUUUCAACUCCAUUACAGCAAUUAUAUUCUCAAGAAGAUGAAGAGGACUUGGGUCCUUCGGUAUCAAUGGCCAUUGAAGCCAAAGAUGACACUCAAUUUAAUUUGAAUUCAUUUGCUUUGAAGAAGACAAAAUCAUUAAAACGGUUCAACUACAAGAAGCAGUUAAGAGAGCAAUUUAAAAGAAGAACACAUUGUAAAAACGAUAAUAAUGAUGGCGGUAAGCAUUCAAGUAAACCAUUCCAUUAUCAAUCGAUUAAAAAAUUCAUGGUUAAAGACGAUAAUGAUAUCAUCAUUAAAGCAGAAAACAGUCCCAGGAUUAUUGUAGAUUAUCUCACUUAUAAUUGGCAUAAUGAAUUGGAGAUAUUAGAUUCCUGGAAAUAUAUUAUGUCGAUUAAAAAUUACAGGAGAAGAUGUGAAAACACCAAUGAAAAGACGACUAUAGGUACAUCCGUUAAUAACAAAAUUAAUAUUAGGAGAUAUUCAAAUAAUUUUUCCAUCUCUAGUUGCCCCAGGAGGAGAAAUUCUAGCGAGAAUGUAACUACUGAUGAUAGUGACAGCGAAAGUGAUAAUAAUAAUAAAGUUAAUGACUUACGAUUGGAGAAUAUUUCUUGGAGAUUAUUUUCAAGAUUGAAAAGUAAUUAUUCGGACUUUAAAGCUUCUGACAUUUUCAAACCAUUAGAUCCAAAAUUUUCGAAGUCUGAAAUAGAUAUAUCAAUCUUUUACGGACCAAUACUCAAAAACUUUGAGAAGGAGAUGUCACAGCCAACCCAACAACCAACAAAGGUAGGGCCAAAUUUAAAGGCAAAUUAUAAGCUUUCAGGUUCAAACAUGACUACUACAGUGAAACCAAUAUUGAAGAGAAGAUCUAUCGGCGAAAUAAUCGAAGAGAAUUCAAAAUGGAAAUUUAAUGUAAGCAGAGAUCAUAUAAAUAAUUUACAAGAAAGUUGUCCUUUAACCAGCGCUUCGAGUUCUUCAACUAUUGAAUCUUUGUUACCAGUCACUAACGAUUUCACAAAGUCAACUUCUUAUGCAGUCUCAGAGGUAAAUAUGGAUGAUCCACUGUACACCAAUUCAAAACUCAUUGGAAGCUUUUGCUCCUCAGAGCAUGUUGCAUCCUCAUGUUCAAUAUCCUCUGACCAUUCCUUGCCGUCGAAAAGAUUGAAUGAAGCUAUGAACGAAAACUAUGAUGAUAAAGAAGAUAUACCUGAUAUUAUUAUAAGCCCAACUGAAAUAAUAAUUUCUGAUCUGUCGAACAAUAAACAAAAUUCAAUGAUUCCUGAAAAGAGAAAUAUAGAGGACUGUAUUUCAAAUCCAGGAAACAAACAAAUAUCUGGCUCUUACAAAAAUGAGAAAAGUUCGCGACAUAUCCGUUUCAAUAAUUCUGUUCAGCAGUGUGUCGCCCUUCAAUAUUCUUCAACAAAUUCAUUAACUUCAAUAAACUCCAAGAAUUCAAUAUCAGAAACUAACAACCCUCCUUUAAUUGGUGACGUUGAUAAUAAAAAAUGUAAUGUUCUUCACUCUGCUUCACAACACAAUUUUAACUUUGAUGAUAAUAAAAUACUCUGUCCAAUAGACCCUUCAACAAAGUUUAAUGAUGGUGAAGACUUGGUAAUAGAAAAUUCUAAAAAUGAAGAAAUCUUUUAUAUUAAGAAAGAACAGUCACCAGUUGUCUUCAAUGAAGACUAUCAUCCUCAAAAACAGGAAAAUGGAUCCUUAUCCAUAUUUCCCCAUUAUGGGCAUGACUACCAUGAUAGGGGAACCUUAUUGCGGACUUUAACAAGGCCAUUAAUAAAAUUGUUGCCUUCGACAGUUCUUUUGAAAAAUAUAGCUAGUUCCAGGUUUCUUUGUCCAAAUAAAAAAAGAAGACACAGAAAUGGGAAAGGUAUUUAUCCACUUGAUCCACCUUCAAAUUCUGAUACUGAAUCUGAAUCUUCAAGCGAUAAUGAGGGAUACGGUAAUGCAAUUUCACAUAAUGUUAAUACAUCAAGAGGUUAUGAAUAUAGAUAUGACUACAACACUGUUUAUAAGGGCAAUGAUUCCAAUUUCAUAGCAAUGAAUUCGUGUGACAUUAUUGAUUUGCCGAAGGAUAUUUCCAUUAAUAGCGUUGCUAUAACCGAGAAGUACGAUUUAGAUUUAGAUGAAACUAACAACGAGAAUUGUAAGCCUAUUGAGGAGAAAUUGAAGGGCUCUCCAUCAAAAGAAACCAUAUUUAGUAUAGCUCGCGGCAAUGCCGCUGCCGACAAUAAUAAUAAUAAUAUUCCUAAAAAUUUUACUCAAGACAUUCCAUCCUUACUUGGUGAAACACUACCACCAUUCAUUGCGUUGAAUCCCAAGAAAAGCUCUACCCCGAUAUCAAGUUCAUCAUUUUCUUCCAACUCUUGUUAUUUAAACCGUAGAGCGAAACAUCAUCACAAUCACCACCAACAGCGGAGAAAAUUAAGUACAGGUGCUGGCACGCCAAUCAUUGAGUCGUCCUCAUCUUUCUCCUCGACUUUUAUUUUUACCUCUGACGAUGAAGAUGAUGAGGAAAUAAACGGCGAAAAUUACGAGGAGCCUGAAAGCUUUGAACAACAAAAUAUAUAUUGCACAAGAACACCAAAAUCUGACUCUGUUCUUGACAAAACAUUGGAUACUUAUCGAAUAAAUUUAGGAAACGCUUUAGUUGGCUCAAUAUUGAAUGUUAACGAAACGACAACUUUCAAAUCAACGAAUCAUAAUAUUAAAGCACAUGACGGCAGAGGAAAGAAAGGUGACAUCCCUAGUAAUGAAUCGUUUUCAUUUAAAAGGAGGACGUCCUUGAAUAAUAACUCUUUUUCCUCUCUUUCAUACGCUUCAUCCUCAUCUUCAUCCUCAUCAGUUGAUACUAUAUCAAGACUCUAA